CACGCCUUUGGUUUGGGAAAGGCAGCAUGGAUACGUCAACACACACACACACACACACGUACGUCAGUCCAUCAGUCUCUCAAAAUGGCUGGUUGCCAUCUGCUGGGAUGGCCAGACGGACAGACAGACCAUCAUACAGACACGAGAAAUAAAUGAAGCCGUCUGCAGCAGCCAGCCGUCCUGGGGCAUGAGAAAUCAGUCAGUGGGUCAUGUGCUCCAACAUCAACACACAAAAAGUUGAAAGCGCACAGCAUAGCUCUCUGUCCGUGCGUCUGCAGGUUCCCGUCUGCACUGCUGUGGCCGGGCUGACAUGCACCCUCACUCGUCCUCAGCAAUUGUGCUGCUGCCGCCGCCGUCCCCCUUUGCCCGCUUGUGCGGCCUCUCCGCCUCUCCAUCGUCGCCACUUGAUGCCGAUGAUGCGGCCGCCUUGCGCUUCUCGCCACGACUGAUACCAGCACCACCAGCGGCUGCAGCAGGGGAUUCACGCGAUGACGACACGCCCACAGCCGCAGCGGGCACACCAGCAGACACCUGAACACAUAACAUGGCCUCUGUGUGUCGUUGAUAUGACAUUGCUGCGUUACCUGUGUGGUGUGGCCGGCGAUCUCUGCCAGCUCCUUGCUGAGGGCCGAUUGAGCGUCGGUGAGGGUGUCCAGAAUGGACGACAGGCUGCCGGCCAGCAAGGCACCAUCCUGCAGGACACAGAGAGAAAAGUGAGUGCCGCUGCUCGCCUGUGUGUCUAGUGUUCUGUGCGCACCUCUGUAUUGUCGGUAUGUGUGGCUAUGAUGUUGUCUGCCCGCUCCAGGUCCGACGCUAGCUGAGGCACGAGCUGCAAGCCAUACCAACACAGCGAAUGUCGCUCCUUGCUGCAUGUCAUCUGUAGACCCCUCUUCUCUCCCCUUACCGAACGCAUCGAACGUAUCUUCUGCAGAAGGUCACUAGAAGAGCCGCCGCCGCCACCCUGCCCAUCUGCACCACACAAUCAGGACACACAAGGCAUGACAGAUGAAAGCUGUCCAUUAGUCGCAUGUGUGUGGUGACCUGCAGGGGCAGCCGGGCCGUCCCCGCUGUCUAUGUCCAUCAAAUCGCCGCCUGCAGUGGUGGACGAGGAGAGACAGGACUGUUCUAGUGCCCUUGUGUGGCGUGUUGGUGUGUACCAUUGUGUUGCGAAGUGUAACCCACCGCCGCACCUGCAGCGGCAGACGAUGAGGCGGCGGCAGCAGCAGCAGGACCUACAGACAACCACACACACUGACCCGUUCAUAGCUCAUGCGUGUGCCGCCCCAGAUUGUGCUUGCCUGCGGUCUGCCCGCCACCCUGACCACCACCAGCACCACCAGCAGCUGGGGGCAGGGCUACGUCUAGCUGGUUGCCGAACACCAUCACGGGGUCGGCGGCUCUCAUCACCUCCCGCACCACCGUCACUGUCUGGGGGAACCUGGCGGCUCCGACCCCCAUCACCGGACGCUCCGUCGUGUAGAGGUGGACGGCGGCAAAGGUGCUGUAGCUGGUGAUGCUGAUGUGGGCCUCAAAUUGGUGGCCUGGCUGGUCGCCGUGCAGCACUAUCACGCGGUAGAAGUCUUCUAGUGCUGCCCGGUGGAUGGUGCUGAUAGUGCGGCAGUCCCAUAUGGGCGGCGGCUGACUGGCGAGAUCCCGCUGAAGCGAAAAGGGACAUAUGACAAUGAGUCAGUGGGACAGCUGGUGAGGUGCUUUGUGUGUGGCUGACCAGCUGGUUGUGGCGUGGGGCAUCGUUGCGCCGGUGGACACCCUGGUACGCGACCUCAGACCCUCUAUGCUGCAUCCUGAUCAGACACAUCAUGGCAGAGCGGUGCAGCCAAUGUGGCGGUGUGUUUGUGUGUGUCACUCUGCUCAUCUCUCUCACCGAUACAACACAGCGUCGCGAACUGAAGCAUACUCAUACUCUGCAAACAGCAAUACACCAAACACACACACACACACACACAAUCCGAUGACCCUGCCGCCCUCACCGUCAAUCGCACACACGGGGUCCGUUGCCCAUUGCCCAUAGCUCUCCCCUCCCGCCCCCCUCACCAUAAUACUCACACACACACAGACGGGGUUGGCUGGGUCGUAUCUCUCGCGGAAGGGGUGGUUGGCCGGCAGCGUCUGCAGGGUGUGGAUGGUCAGCCGAUGCACAUCCAGCCGCUCCUCGCCGUCGAGGCGCUCGAGCUCCAUGUUGAGAUGGCGCUGGAUGAGUGAGAGCUGCCGCAGCGCCUCACACCGCCCGUUGACCACCGCCCGGCUGCCCACCCCCUCCACAUCAGCACUGGUCAGCUCUAUCGGCAACUGCCCGCCUCCCCGCCCCUGAUGCACAGCCACCCUGAUGAUGCGCACCGUCGCCGCCCAGUCGCCGCUUUUGUCGAUGAUGUACAGGAGCCGCUGCAGCAGAUCGAGGGAUGGCAGGUCAUAGCUGAUGACGUCCUUGAGGCCCUUGCCGGUGAGCUGCGUGUCGAUUUGGGAUUUGAGGAGGUCCGCGUCCACAUGCUGUCUGCCGUGUUUGCACGUGCGGCGGAGGCGGGCGAGGCCGAUGGACAGAUCUGCGCCGAGGAAGGGGAAGAUCUCGUUGUCCACCUCUGGAGGCAGAUCAAACAGGCGAACGCGCUGGUCCUCCUGCAAGCGAAUAACGGAGCGAAAGAGACAGAGUGAUUCACUGCAUCGCUAUGUGCUGUGCACACACGUGUACCUGUGGCUGAGGCAAAGGGGCAGCAGCCGAUGACGCUGCUGACGGCGCUGCCUGGCCCAUCGUCACUCAGGCGCCCGAAGAGAAGCAUGCAGACGCUCUAUGGGAUUCGCUGGCUCUCGUUCGAAUGCUCACCAGCUGGCCUCUGUUGAGAAACCAAUCAGGCUAUAGCCAAGGUUAUCCAUCUGCGGGCCGACACAUCAUUUCCUCAACACCCCCCUUCGGACCGCAGAGCUAGGGUGCCCCCCUUUCCGCCUCUGCCUUUUCAAGGUUCCCAGUGUUGCCUCCAGGAAUCCAACUCGCGACCCCUCCGCAGCGCUCAGCAGGAUUGUUCUCCGCCCGGUUUGACCCCUUAAGGGUGUCAACCGGGGUUCGAACCGAGGUCAGUGGGCUCAUAACCUGUUGAGAAACCAAUCAGGCUAUAGCCGAGGUUAUCCAUGCGGGCCGACAUAUCGUUU